UCGCCUUGCAGCAGCUGUUUUUGUUUAUUAUUCGAUUUGUGAUUUUGAUUAUUCGAUUUGGUAUAAAAGAUUGUGAACCGAAUAAAAUGAAUAAAUUGGCCUCGGAUAAAUGUAAUUUGCAAAACAUCUGUGGAAAAAUUAAAGGCAAGACAGUAAAUGGUUUCGGAAAGAUAAACCCCCUGACAAGUAAAAUUUAAAAGUCGCACUCGAUUUCUAUUUUUCGAUCAUUCAUAAGUCCAAGGUUUGCUAAUUUAAUUUAACUGCUGGUCAUAUCCAUCGCUCGAAGCCUUCUAAACGUAUUUUUGAUUGGGAAUUUUCGGGCAUCUUUAAGUAACCGGCUAAAUACAAUUCCUUCAAUCGAACGGGGAAGUUACAUUUGUGAACUUACUGUUCUUUUUUGGCUAUCGUUCAAAGGUUACAUCACGGGUGCUGUGUUUUAAGAAGAAUGAAUAUGAAAUUUGACUGCUUCCUUCUGAACAGAUCAACUCACUGAUUUUAAGUAGUAAAGCAACAUUGUAUGUUACUUAUUAUCAUACGUUUAUAUUGAUAAUGUAAUGUACAUAUAAAAGGUAAUCUUAUCUCGGUCAGAAUAAACAAAAUCCAUUUAGUCACAAAGAGAGGCAGUUGCAGCUUCAUUAAAUAACAGCGAAGAGAAUUUUUCAUUUACCCUACAUAUAAAGCGUUCUGAUAAUGUGUGAGUAUGGUGAUACCGACAAGUCUGCAUAUAUUCAGGAGUGGACGGAUCUUAAUGACUACCAUCGGCCAGAACAACAAAAACAAUUACUGCCAUCGACGACACAAUUGCAAUACCAUUGUAGAAAUGAUAAUAACGAGAGGGAACCUGAAAACACCUCGAGGUGCUUUGGUGAGGAAGCAGCACUUUCAGUGUGUUUGACAUCGCAGUCAGAGCGGUUGGUGGCUUCACGUUUAACUGGAGGUUACGAUCUUGGCAGCAACUACUUAUUAGGCAGAAAGCCAACACCCCCUUGCCGAAAAAAAUUUGCAGAAAGGAUGACAAACAUAAUAAAAAGUCGGAGCUUCGUAGUGGAUUUACUGUCGAUACUUUUUGGCAUAGGCACAUGGAUAGGUGUAAACGGUACUUUUAUUCAAGUACCGCUGCUAGUAAAAGAGGCGCCAGAAAGUUGGAGUUUAGCAUCGUAUCUAAGCGUUGCGGUACAGAUUGGAAAUAUAGGUCCGAUCACGUACACCCUCAUACAACACUUUGCGAAGAAGAGGAUAAACGAUUCGCUAUUCAUUUAUGUUUUGUUGGUGGUGGGCACAUUGGCAGCAUUGUUCACAAGCUUCUUCUAUAGUGAAACCGUGGUAGUAUUUGGCGCGGAACGCAGCUUAGCUCUAUAUAUACUCACAUUUUCAUCCGCUCUCACGGCAUGUACAAGUUCGGUGCUCUUCAUGCCUUAUAUGGGUCGUUUUAAGGAAAUGUACUUAGUAACAUAUUUUAUGGGGGAGGGCCUAAGUGGUUUGUUACCAAGUGUUCUAUCACUGGUGCAGGGCAUCGGUGGUGAUGCCGAAUGCGUCUUGGUGAACAACACAAUAUCCGGUGAAGAGGUCUACGAGAAACAAACACUUCCUCCACGCUUCGGCUCUAUGGAAUUCUUCCUAUGUAUUUUCGCUUUGUUUGUAUGCAGUGGCAUUGCUUUUACUCUGCUGGAUCGACUUAAAUUAGUAAAGCAGGAAUAUGUUGCAGGCCAAAUCGAUUUUGGCAACAACUAUAAAUAUGAAGAGGAUACCACGCCUAAUACUACAGACCAUGCUGCAGUUACAGACACACCCAAUAACGAAAAUAAGGCGACACAAAUUUCAGCCAACGAAUAUAUUUUACUGUUGCUACUUAUUGGCUGCUUAUCCUUCAUGGCCAAUGGCAUGUUCAACUCCAUACAAUCUUACUCAAGUUUACCGUAUGGUAACCAGGCGUACCACCUCUCUGUGACUUUGAGUGUAAUUGCUAAUCCGGUUGCGUGUUUCUUAGCGAUUUUUGUGCCCCAUACAUCGUUGCGGCCUAUCUAUGUGCUAUGCUCGUUGUGUGCCGUUUUGACUGCGUACGUGUUUGUUACAGCUUCCAUGAGUCCAUUGCCGCCAUUGCAUGGCACCACCGCAGGAUCGGUGAUCGUGAUAAUUUGUUGGACUUUGCUAAUUGGAUUGGUGAGCUAUACCAAGCUAUCGAUUUCGUCAAUUAUGCGCGCUCAGGGUGGUCGAUCUCUCGUAUGGACUGGCGGACUUACACAAAUUGGUGCUCUUUUCGGCUCGGUGCUUAUAUUUAUUUUAAUAAACUACACAAACAGUUUUCAAGAAUCGGAGGGAAGCGAUUGCUAAAAUAAAAUAUUGUAUUCGAAAUAUAUACAUAUAUAUAUAUAUAUAUAUAUAUAUAUAUAUAUAUGUAUGUACAUAUGUAUAUAUGUGUGUAAGUAAAUAUUUUACUUAAAGCCAAAUGAAUGAAUGAUGUUUACAGAACGGCAAAUAGUACAAACAUUUAGUAAUACAUUUUCAUCAUUUUUUAAUCUUAGAUACAUUUUCAUUUUAAAACUAAAUUGUUUGCGAAAGUGAGUUUUGAGUUGACGCAAUUACUUUUUAAGAUUUUUUUUAUAUAACGAGCUCAAAAAGGUUUUUAUGGUUAUCUAGUGAAAUGUGUGAAAAAAUACAUUUUAUUGAAAAAUAAAAUUCAAAAUAAUUCUGAUUCAAAAACACUUCCUUCAUAAGUUGAAGCAUAUGGUAUGUAUAAGAAUAAGGAAAGUUUUUUCAACGGAAGAUCUUAAAAAAAAUUAGAUUAACUAUAAAUACGCUGUGUUUUAUUGUAAAAAGCCCAUGUGUCACAGUUUCUAAACUAGCGCUGGCACAGAAAUUUCAAUCACAGAUAUGAAAUCGUCAUCAAAAAUUAAGCUAGUAACAUGUAACAUAACCUAAUAAUCACAUAUACUGUUGUGCAGUGUAAUCAAUUUACAUACGCACAGUGGGAGAAAUGGCCAAUCUGGCGGCGCCUUGUUAAUAACUU